GUUUUCACGUGACGUACACAGGAAAUAUCGCAGAAGAAAACAAAAGCCGCUCUGAGGACUGCUGUUCACUGAUUCCAAGGCCUAAACACUCACAUUAUGUGAUCACUAAGCUUUGACCAAAGCAAAAUGGAGCUUAUCUGCACCAUCUGUCUCUUCUUAAAUCUUGCUCCUUGGCUGGUGCUUGGUCUUCCUCCGACAUGGACCCAACCAGAGCAGGUGCACCUUUCAUAUCCAGGAGUCCCAGGUUCGAUGGAGGUUACGUGGACGACCUUUAAUAAAACAGGCAGCACAGUGGAGUAUGGGCGUCUGGGAGGGCGCCUCUUCGCCUUGUCUACCCAAGGCAAAAGCACUUUAUUUGUGGAUUCAGGAGAUGAGAAGAGGUCCAUGUACAUCCACAGAGUCAUCCUCACCGGCCUCAAACCUACUGCAACCUAUGUGUACCACUGUGGCAGUGAUGAAGGCUGGAGUGAUGUGUUCUAUUUUACGGCUCUGAACGACAGCGUCCACUUCAGCCCAAAGUUUGCCCUGUACGGGGACCUCGGCAACGAGAACCCACAGUCACUGGCCCGCCUACAGAAGGACACCCAGCUGGGAAUGUAUGACGCCAUUCUACACAUCGGUGACUUUGCGUACGACAUGCAUGAGGAUAACGCCAGGAUCGGGGACGAGUUCAUGAGGCAGAUCCAGUCUAUCGCAGCCUACGUGCCGUACAUGACCUGCCCUGGGAACCAUGAGGCCACUUAUAACUUCUCCAACUACAGAAACCGCUUCAGUAUGCCAGGCCAGACUGAGAGCCUCUGGUACAGUUGGAACCUGGGGUCAGCACACAUCAUCUCCCUCUCCACCGAGGUUUACUUCUACCUUAACUACGGCCAGGAGCUGAUUUUCAGACAGUUGGAGUGGCUCAAGAAGGAUCUGGAGGAGGCAAACAGACCAAAGAACCGAGCAAUGAGACCAUGGAUCAUUACAAUGGGACACAGGCCGAUGUACUGUUCAGAUGAUGACCAAGACGACUGCACCAAUUUUGAUUCUUAUGUUCGAAUGGGGCGCAAUGACACCAAACCCCCUGCUCCUGGUCUGGAGGAUCUGCUCUACCGCUACGGAGUGGAUCUGGAGUUGUGGGCACAUGAGCACACAUAUGAGAGACUGUGGCCUGUCUAUGGGGACAAAGUGUAUAAUGGGAGCAGGGAGCAGCCUUAUGUGAACCCUAAAGCCCCUGUCCACAUCAUCACAGGCUCAGCGGGCUGCAGAGAGAGAACUGAUAAGUUUAACCCCAACCCCAAACAGUGGAGUGCCUUUCGCAGCACAGACUACGGCUACACACGCAUGCAGGUGGUCAAUGGCUCACAUCUUUACUUGGAGCAGGUCUCUGAUGAUCAUAAUGGAAAAGUGAUUGACACUAUUUGGCUGGUAAAAGAGAAACAUGGACCCUCAGCCUGGUUGUGACGCACACCAUCACUCUCAAGAAAUGCACUUUGAACUUUUAUUCCAAGUUUUCACACUGUAUAAUUUUUUCUCGUUCAUAAUAAAAAAAAUAAAAAAUAAUAUUAACUGUAAAAUAAUAUUUUUAAGCGAGAAAUUAUUGAAUAAAAUCUUGCAUUACGUAAUAA